AGGAUCCUCUGAAAAGAGGAAACAGACCCGCCAUUUUCCUACGAGCCUUUUAAACCCAGCAGGGGGAGGCAAGAUCCGAUAGGAAAGCCACUGAGGAGGAAAAAGUGGGAGUUAGAGAGAAAGAGAGAGAGAGGGGGUGAGAGGAGAGGGAGAGUGCGUGACAGAGGGGUUGAGAGAGAGGACGCUGCUGUUAAUAGAGGAGGAGACGUUUGUCAGGUGGCGGAACAGCGUACAUCCCAGGGACUAGCAGCAUUGCCGUUGGAUUUAACAGCACGAGUAUACAUUUCCCCCCCUCUUUUGUUAUUAUCCCCCUUUUUCUGUUUGUUUAAAACUGCGAAGAUGUCUGGACAAAGCAUAACGGAUCGGAUAACGGCAGCGCAACACAGCGUUACCGGUUCCGCGGUGUCCAAAACGGUGUGCAAGGCGACCACGCACGAAGUCAUGGGGCCAAAGAAGAAGCAUUUGGAUUAUCUGAUCCAGUGCACCAAUGAGAUGAAUGUGAACAUCCCUCAGCUGGCUGAUACGCUGUUCGAGCGCACCACCAACACCAGCUGGGUGGUCGUGUUUAAAUCUCUCAUCUCCACACACCACAUUAUGGUCUAUGGCAAUGAGAGAUUUGUACAAUAUCUGGCCUCCAGGAACACAUUAUUCAACCUCAGUAAUUUUUUGGACAAAAGCGGGUUACAAGGAUAUGACAUGUCCACCUUCAUCCGGAGGUACAGCCGCUACCUGAACGAAAAGGCAGUCUCAUACAGACAAGUGGCCUUUGACUUCACAAAAGUAAAACGAGGGGCUGACGGUGUAAUGAGAACUAUGAACACAGAGAAGCUCCUAAAGACCAUGCCCAUUAUCCAAAACCAGAUGGAUGCACUCCUCGACUUCAACGUAAAUGCCAAUGAGCUCACAAACGGGGUCAUUAACGCCGCGUUCAUGCUUCUGUUUAAAGACGCCAUCCGUCUGUUUGCAGCCUAUAAUGAAGGGAUCAUCAACCUGCUUGAGAAGUACUUUGACAUGAAGAAAGCCCAGUGUAAAGAAGGCCUGGACAUCUAUAAGAAAUUCCUCACUCGAAUGACGAGAAUCUCAGAGUUUCUCAAAGUGGCAGAGCAAGUGGGAAUCGAUCGAGGGGACAUACCAGACCUGUCACAGUUUACAGUUUGUGCCCCUAGUAGCCUUUUGGACGCCCUCGAGCAGCAUUUGGCUUCAUUAGAGGGGAAAAAGGUCAAAGACUCCACAGCUGCCAGCAGAGCCAGUACGCUGUCCAAUGCGGUGUCCUCCUUGGCCAACACGGGUAUCUCUUUCACCAAAGUUGAUGAGAGGGAAAAGCAGGCUGCUCUGGAGGAGGAACAGGCUCGAUUAAAAGCACUUAAGGAGCAGCGUUUGAAGGAACUGUCCAAGAAGCCCUCCACAUCCUCCACGACUGCAGCAUCUCCUGUUUCGACGGCGACGGGGACCAUCAGUACCGCCCACGCCAUUGACCUGUUCUCCACAUCCAGUAGCUUUGCUAACAGUGCUCCGAAGGUGCCGAACGAUCUGUUGGACCUGCAGCCCGCGUUCCAGCCCUCCCUGCCUCUCUCCACCGGCCUGCCUUCAGCCAACACAUGGGGAGAUCCUUUCAUGUCUACAGAGGCUGUUGACGACUCCAUUCCAAACUUAAAUCCUUUCCUUACAAAACCUGUUGUUGAUCCUGUCCAUCUGCCUGUUGUGUCUUCAGAUGCUGUUAGUUUUCCCUCUAGGACACCCAGUCAUGAAAUGUUCGGUGAUAAUUACAAUCCCUUUAUUGAUUCGAGCAGUUCGGUUGCGUCACCCGUCGAGCCCUCUGCUCGGAUGGGCUGCUUCCUCUCAGACUCCUUCUGCUCUCCGGCUGCCUACCCUAACACUCCUCUCUUCCACUCUGAGCCCUCCGCUGUAGCUGGACUAUUCGGAGGGUUCUCUGCACCUCCCGCCGCCCAGCCUCCCAGUUCGACAGGCCUUAAUGUCGACUUUGACUCCGUGUUCGGCAAUAAGUCGGCCGCCAACAGCACAGACUCGACUGAUGAUAUUUUAGGUGGCCUCCUGAAACCCACAGUGGCCUCUCCCAACCAGGGCCUGACGCCCAGCGCCCAAGCUGGCAAACUGGUUUCCGAUGACUUGGAUUCCUCUCUGGCCAACCUUGUGGGCAAUCUCGGUAUUGGAAAUGGAACAAUGAAGAAUGACAUCCACUGGAUUCAACCCGGAGAGAAGAAGUUGACUGGAGGAACCAACUGGCAACCAAAGAUGGCUCCGUCCACAACAUGGAACCCUGCCACCAUGAACGGCAUGAUUUUCCCACCAUACGCUCCCUCAGUCAUGGCCUUUCCUGCCACGACGCCCACAGGAAUGAUGGGAUACACAAUGGCUCCUCAAAUGGGCUCCAUGACCAUGAUGACACAGCCUACCAUGAUGUACACGCAGCCUGUGAUGCGGCCGGCCAAUCCCUUUGGCCCAAUCUCAGGGGCACAGCUCUCUACAGCCUCUAGUCCUUCCAGUUCAAGCCCUCUCAGAGCUCCGGGACAGGACCCUUUUGCACAGCUGUCUUUGAAGGAUUUCCUUUAGAGCGUCUUUAGAUGCAGUUCAUGUAGGUGAAGGAGGAUUGACGCUUCCCAAGGAUGAAUUCUACGGCAAAUCUCAAACCUUUAAUCUCUCUCCAGUUUGGAGUUUGGCACUUCAAGGAGAGUUCUGCCCCAGUACAAACCUGUACAGGAAUCAGAGGGAGGGGUGGGAGGGGCAUUAUGGGAUAUGAUGGGUGGGGUUGGGAGGGGUAAGACUUUGCCCAGAUAUGGAGGACACAGCACUCUCAUUUUGUAAUUUGUCUAACGCGGUAACAGUUACUGUACUGAUAUGGGUCUGUAACGAGAAACAAGGGUGUUGAAAGAGUGCAGGAAUGUGGUGGGUUUUCACAAACACAGCUUCACUUUUUUUCCAUGGAAUGAAGAACCUCGGGAUCGGGAAGUUGUCUUUAACCGAUCAUCAAGCAAGCAUUACCUGAUUUAACUAUCUCCAAUUACAUCGGUUUCUAUUAUUUCUAUUUUUUAUGUUAUGACAUUUGCAGUAGACAUUCCUUGUGUAUUGUCUGUAUUUAUUUAUGAUUUUCCCUCUGAGGAAUUUUUUCUUUUUUCUUUUAAGCUCCUCCUUAAGGGAGGUGUUUCAAAUGAUGCGUUCAUAUGGGUAUGAUUGGUUGUAUAAUUUGGAUUUGAGUGACUGAAUUAUGAUUGAGAUAUACACAUAUAUACAUACACAUACAUAAUAUAAAAAAAUGGGGGGAAAUGGACGCCUAUAAACUGACUGAUACAGCACUAAAUAUUCUCCGAAGCAGUUAUAUGUCUAGUGCAAUUUCUUUGUUGCCCAAACGCUCACCGCCCUCCAUUUGUAAUGGACAUAGGAUAAAAUAUACCAAUCAUUAUACCACAUAGUCAGUUCUGUGCCCCGGGUGGGUGGUGGGGGAGUUGUGAGGGAGCAUUUAGCAAAGCACUACAUUUGUGAUUCAGCGGCAUUGCAUUUGGGGAAGAUCUGUAUUGCUUUCUGCUUGGCAUGUCAUUAUUUUACAUUUCACAGUUAUAUGGCUGCCUUUUCAACCUGAAUGUGCAGAGUCGCCUUUGUUUUCGGGCCACCCAAAAGCAGUUGCGUGAGUGUUUGUGGGUGCGAGUGUGUAAAUGUGAGUGAGAAACGCAGGUUGCUAUCGGUAAUGGAUGGGGUCGGUAGUGUCUAGCUGUAGGUCCUGUAGUGUGAGCAAAGGGGGCACUGUUGAUCAGUGCUCAGUGUAUAUAAAACUGGCCCUGUCCUGUAGGGAAGUACACAAAGGUUGGUCUGAAUAUGGGGGCGAUUUCUAUCCAUUGAUUUUGCAUAUUUACUGCAUCAUCCCUGCAGAUUAUAUUUUGUUUAUAUGACAACAACAAAAAAUGAAGCGGUAUUUGGGCAAUUUUCAAAUAAAGUGCAUCUUCCACAGA